GGCCAGGUUAUUAAACUCCACAGUCGGAGACUCAGCUCAACAGGGCUGUAAGACUAUCAGGUAGUAUCAGCAAUAAAUGCAGGAAGUGUAACAGUCGUCAAGAAGCACUUCGCGGAUAUCAGGACAUGGCAACCGACUCUUCCUCCCAAAGGAUCGGAGUGGUAGGAUAUGGACAUCUAGGGCAAUACCUUGUGGAAAAGAUCCUCAAAGAUGGAUCUGCCCUUGGCUUAACUCUGGCUUUUGUCUGGAACAGAAAUCCUGACAAGCUCAAGGGUUCAGUUCCUGCUGAGCUCAUACUUUGUGAUCUGACAUCCUUUGCAGACAGGCGGUGUGAUGUGAUUAUAGAGGUGUGCCAUCCUCAGAUAGUGAAAGAUUUUGGGCUCCGUUUUCUGUCUCAGUCUCAUUUUUUGGUGGGAUCUCCCUCAGCCCUCUCUGAUCCGGAUCUGAACCAGAAGCUGCGUCAGGCUGCUUGGCAGUAUGAAAGGACGCUCUACAUCCCCAGUGGUGCAUUAUGGGGAGGCCAAGACAUCCAGAGAAUGAACGAUAGUGGGAAAUUGAAGGCUUUGUUUAUCAGAAUGUCCAAGCAUCCAUCCUGCUUCCGGCUCACAGGAGACGUCCUCAGCGAUUGGACGGAGGGAGAGGGCCGGAGAGUUUUAUUCAGAGGCUCAGUGGCAGAAUUGUGCCCACUUGCGCCAAACAAUGUGAACACCAUGGCAGCAGCGGCACUGGCAGCGGGAAUGCUUGGCUUCACUGGUGUUCAGGGAGAGAUUGUAUCAGACACAGCGUUAAGUGACUAUCAUGUGGUGGAGGUGGAGGUCAGUGGGCCUGAUGGUUUCUCGGUGCACACAGUGAGGAGGAAUCCAGCCAAACUUGGGGCUGUGACCGGCAGCGCGACAUACAACUCCUUCUGGAAUAGUUUACUCUUUUGCAAAGGUCACGGGGGUAGAGUUUACUUGUGCUGAAGCAGGUGAGGACAAUGGAGGAUUUACCUACAAGACAGGAGGAAGAUCCACUGCAAAACUCCAGAUAAAUUAGAUGGCUUAUGGUGGGUAUGCUGUGUGGACGAUGGAUCACUGCAUCAGUGUGUUACUGAGAA